ACCCAGAAGCUGCUCUGAGAAGUCUCCGGAUGAAUGCCAUUCAUCCACGAGUGUUUCUUCUCCAGCCAGUACCAAAACAGACUGAGCCUACAUUGCCUCAUCUCAUUAAAAGUUCCGAACUACUAACAACCACCCCACCCCCACAGCUGGAGGCUUUUUGACUUUUUUUAAGUGCAUGCUCAAGUUUACGUAAGUAAAUCAAACAAAACAUGGCGAACUCGUUUACAGAAAUGCAAAUUAGAUCAGUAAGUGGAACCGUGCUACAGUCACUUCCUGCACAAAGCUCUCUUCUCCAUUUCACUUGCCGAACGCCCAUUUUGUAAGGCGGCAGGAGCUGGGCAGGAGCGGCGGGGGAGGGGGCAGCGCCUCCGCCUCUUUCCAGGGAGGACUGGCGGGAAGCGGCCAUCCCGCCCACCCGCUUGGCGGGACGCUUAAAGUGCGCUGGAGCAGCCGGGAACCCCUUGAGUUCCCGCUCGGCACCGCCAUGUCUACCCCCGCCAAGCGGCAUUGCCAGAGCCCCGCCGGCUCCCUCGAAUCCAGCUUCCAGAAGCGCCUCAGGAAGAUUUCCAUCGAGGGGAACAUUGCUGCGGGGAAGUCAACGUUCGUCAGGCUGCUGGAGAAACACAGCGAUGAGUGGGAGAUCAUCCCCGAGCCCAUCGCUAAGUGGUGCAACAUCCAGACAGCCGAGGAUGAGUAUGAGGAACUUUCAACAUCUCAGAAGAGCGGAGGAAACUUACUUCAAAUGUUGUAUGAUAAACCCACAAGAUGGGCUUACACAUUUCAAACUUAUGCUUGCUUGAGCCGAGUAAAAGCACAAUUAAAACCUGUCUCAGCCAAGCUAUGUGAAGCAGAACAUCCAGUGCAAUUUUUCGAAAGAUCUGUGUACAGUGACAGAUACGUGUUUGCUUCUAACCUGUUCGAGUCUGGAAGUAUUAAUGAAACAGAGUGGUCUAUUUAUCAGGACUGGCACACGUGGCUUUUGAAUCAGUUUCAAUCAGAUAUAGAACUGGACGGCAUGAUAUAUCUCAGAACCACACCUCAGAAAUGCAUGGAAAGGCUACAGAUGAGGGGAAGAAAAGAGGAACAAGGAAUUGAGCUUGAGUAUUUGGAAAACCUCCACUACAAACAUGAAACCUGGCUUCAUGAAAGGACUAUGAGAGUCGAUUUUGAGAACAUUAAGGAGAUUCCUAUUCUAGUUUUGGAUGUUAAUGAAGAUUUCAAGAACGAUAAAAUUAAACAAGAGUACCUGAUUGAUGAAGUCAAGUCAUUCCUGACUUCUUUAGAAGAUGAAAAUUAAUUUGAAUAACAAGUCUCUGAAGUUCACUCAACAAUCUGUGUGUUGAAACAUUUACUUAAACCAAAUGCAUUACUUGUACAGCUUAUUUUAAAGCAAGCCUUGAAAUGUAAUAACAUGAUUUGGGGUUUAUUUUUAUCCUUGUCUGAGCAGUGUGUGUUUUGAUAGACCUUUUUGUAUAGCUAGAAAUAAGAAAUAUGGGGUACUUUGAUAAUGUUUUUUUCCUGUAUAUUCUCUGCUGCUUAAUAAAGAUUUAAAAGUCA